AAAAAGUAAAUACUAAAUAGUAUUUUCGUAAUUAAGAUAAUCCUUAAAUCUUUCACCCCAUUUAUGGAAUAAGACGAAUAAAUAGUAGUAAUUUAUUUAAUACCAUUAUAGCCUACAGAACUUAAAGAAAAAAAAAGAAAUCAAUAAUGCAGAACCCAAAUGAAGACACUGAAUGGAAUGAUAUAUUGCGUGCUAAAGGAAUACUUCCACCUAAAAAAGAAAAAGAAAUAACUGAAGAAGAUGUCAUUAAUCUUGUAGAGCAGACAGUCCGUGAAAAACAAAAUGGAGAAAAAAAAGAUAUGGUUGAUAUGUCAUUGGACGAAUUGGAUGAAUUAGAAGAUGAUGAAGAUGAACGGAUACUAGAAGAGUAUCGUAGACGUAGAAUUGCAGAGUUAAAAGAACAAGCACGGAAAGACGUUUUUGGUGAAGUGAUAGAAAUAAGUGGUCAAGAUUUUGUAAAUCAAAUCAAUAAAGCAGGACCUGGAAUUUGGGUGGUGUUAUUGUUACAUAAACAAGGCAUUCCAAUUUGUGCAUUAUUGACUGAAUAUUUAAAUCAUUUGGCAAGAAAAUUUCCUGCUACAAAAUUUGUUAAAAGUAUUUCAACAACUUGCAUCCCAAAUUAUCCAGAUAGUAAUUUGCCCACUAUUUUCAUAUAUUAUGAAGGUGAUCUAAAACAGCAAUUUGCUGGACCAAGAUUAUUUUCAUUAACAACUACUCAAGAUGAGUUUGAGUGGAUGUUGGGACAAACUGGCGCUGUAAAAACAAAAUUGAAAGAUAAUCCCAGACCAAAGACUAGAGAUGUAUUAUUUGACAAUUUACUCACUAAUAUGUGAAGAAAAGAAGCUCAAUAUGUUCUUAAGUUAUAUUUAUAUUUUUUUCCUUACUGUUGUAUGUUUGUCAAUUUUUUUUUAUAACUAAUCAUCUUGUGUUUG